UGCUCCUCCUCACCUCAUAUUCAGCUCCUCUUCUUCAUCUGAGUGUGCGCAGACAGAAGAUCCUGCAGCGUGGCCAUGACGGAGCUGGAGACUGCCCUGAACAGCCUGGUCCAAGUGUUCCAGCAGCACUGUGCCUCAGAGGAGGAGCCCCCCCGGCUCAGGAGGAGUCAGCUCAGGGGGCUGCUGCACGACCAGCUGCCCCACCUCAUGGAGCACGCCUCAGACAAAGCCUCCCUGGACAGUCUGAUGGACAGUCUGGACCAUGACGGAGACACUCACUGUGACUUCAACCACUUCAUGGCUCUUGUCUCCUCGGUGACCGUCUGCUGCCACGAGUUUUUUCAACACCACCAUGGGCAUGAUCACGGGCAUGACCACGGGCACGAGCAUGACCACGGCAUGGGCACGGGCAUGAGCAUGGUCAUGAACAUGGGCACGAUCACGGGCAUGAGCAUGAUCACGGGCAUGAGCAUGAUCACGGGCAUGAGCAUGACCACGGGCAUGAGCAUGACCACGGGCAUGAGCAUGGCCAUGGGCAUGAGCACGAGCAUGGCCAUGACCACGGGCACGAGCACGGGCAUGACCAUGGGCACGGGCAUGAGCACGGGCAUGAGCAGGAGCAUGAUCAUUAGACACAGGCCCAGAGUGGCGCUGCUUUAG